AUGGCGCUUCCAAAGGGGCAUUGUUUCAAUUACUUUACCAUCGCCGGCAAUUUGCACCCACUAGAAAGCCUGUUGGUCUACUGCCUCGCUCUCGGGGUCGUCUUUGCGCCACCCGAGCUCAAGGACUUGUUUUGGACCAACUGCUUGGUGCAGCUCUGCAUUUUUCUGCCCUUCGUACAGCUCCCGGUGGCGUUGACGGGUCACAUGACCUAUGUGGACAUCGGCUGGCCAAGUGGCCUAGUGGCCAUUGGGGUCAUUGCUCUCGUUUGUGGCACUGGGGACUGGUGGCGGCGGAGCUUGAUCUCUGCGUGCUACUUGCUCCACGGAGGGCGCAUGGCGUUGGGCGCCUUGGUGCUCUUUGGCCAGGCCACCAAAUUCACCUUCCGCUUCCAGGAGGACUUGCCACGUUAUUGCUAUGCGAAGUACAAGUGGACCAAGAUUGAGGGCAUGCCAGCCAGAAUGUGGUGGCUGAAGAUGCAGCAAGAAACCUUUGGACAAGGCAUGUCCAACUGCAUCCUGCUGUGUCUGCCGGCCUUCCUGGCGGCGGCCAAUCCCCAGCCGGGCUUGCACCUCACAGAGUGCCUGGGGCUUGCCACCUGGCUGCUGGGAUGGAUCUUUGAAAGCUCAGCGGACGCGCAGAAGCUGGCCUUUGUGGCGGAGACCAAGCGCCUAAGGUACACAGGUCACCCCCAUGCCUGUCAGUCCACUCUGGGCAUGCCGCCCUUCGAGAAGUAUUUCCUGUGGAGGUGGUGUCGGCAUCCGAACUACUUUGGCGAAUGGAUGGCGUGGCUGGGGCUUGCAGUUGCAGCCGCGCCGUCCUUGGGACAGCUAGCGCCCAAGCAGUUCAAGGCCGUUUGGUUCUGCUACCUCGUGGCCCUGAUUCUGAUCCCUCGGCUUCUCUACGACUGCCUGGUGCACUGGACAGGAGCAGGUCCAGCAGAACACUUCAGCGUCCAGAAGCGGCCGGCCUACUUGCAAUAUCAAAAGGAGGUGCGGUGCUUCUUCCCCUUCCCUUUGCCUUUGGAGCACCACUGCAAGCCCGGGUGGCCGACCUUCGAGCAGAACCGCUGA